AUGAGCGAUCAAUCCGUGGCGAGAUCGUCCAUCAACAACCGACAGCAAAGCAACAUGGCUGAUCCGGCGCAGCAGCAGGGCACGGGCGAGCAGCCUGCCAGCCCGGCAUUGGGCACGGAGCAGGAUGAAACAGACAAGGGGGAAAUUUCUCAGCGCGACACCCCUGCAGGUGCCGAGAAGGGGAAGCCACGCAGCCCUGACGGAGCACCUCUGGCCAAGUUGCCUCGGCGCAAACCCGUGCGCUCCCGCGCUCUCAGCAUGGCUCUCUCGGCCGUCAAGAGCCAACCAUCAGCCGCUCCGCUGCCUGACAUCGCACCCAAAGAAUCAGUGACGGUGGAGCACGACGCGCCGUCUGUCGAUCUGAGGCCCGCGUUGGCGAAGCGCCUUGGGCCGCGCGUUGCCCGGCCCACCACCGCCACUGCAGCAGAUGCGCAGGCGGCCGAGGCCAUGGAUCGGAAGCUGGCUGCCUAUCGUCGGAGUCUGACCCAGGCCUCGACGUCUGCUGCUGCUACUAAUCCCGAGCCCAAGCUCGAGGCUACCCCCGUUCCCAUCGAGCUCACUCACUACUCCGACGCGGUCAGCCUCAGCGCAUCGCUCUCGCUUGUACCUUGUCCCUACGUUACCAUUGCUGCUGAGCCACCAGCCCAUGCCGUACUGCCGGUCAAUGCAUGGGACAUUCUGCAAGAACUCAAAGCACUAACGCAGCGCGUGACCAAAGAUGACCUCCAGCUGCGCGCGACUCCAGCCGCGACACACGGGGCUCUCUUUCGUGGCACCGCAAGCUCGCCAGCUGUGGCGCAGGCGUUACAGCAGCAGCUGGAUGGUCAUCGCCUCACCUUUGCCGGCGUAAGUGAUGUUGCCUGUUCAAGGCCCGAGCUGUGCGCCUGCCUAAUGUCGGCCACUGCUGUUGAAUUGCGCGUCAUCGCCUCGGCUCAAGCUGAGCUAGUACCCGUCGAGCAGCCCUUUGUUGGGGAUUUCGGGACUCUACAACUGGGUCAGCGCCCGGAUACGGUGCUACUGCGCGAGCUUCCUUGUCUCUGGUUUAGCGGUCGCGCGCGUCCCCCGACAAGGGAGCAGUUGAUUGAUAUUUUAACCCCCCUGGGGUCCAUCGCACGAGCUGCCGUGAUCGAGAGUCCUCAAAGUGAGAAUGAUGACUUUGAUCCUCUGCGCACCAUCACCUUUGAUGCCUACGUGGCAUUCGAGCAACCAGAAGCCGUGGCCAAGUGCCUAUCCCUGGCUCGAACCCAUGUCUUGCAUCGUGAGACUCCCAAGCGGUCCUUUACGGCUGAUUUCAACGUGGAGUUGGAUACGACUGGGUACCUCUCUGAGCGAGCUCGUCGUGCACGCCGACUCGCGCGUCAAGAAGCCGAGCUGCGUGCUGCCGAGGCGGAGCGUGCUGCUGCUGAAGCCGAGCGCUUGGAGCAGGCACGGGAGGAGGAACGUCAACGCGAGGCCGAGGCGCGCGAGCAGCGGCGGCUCGAACGGAAACGGCAGGCAGCAGAGGAAGAACAACGGCGCCGGGAGGAGCGCGAGCGGGAAUUGGCUCGCCUGCGCGAGGAAGAGGCUCGGCGCCGUGCCGAAGAAGCCGAGGCAGAACGCCAAGCAGAAUUGCAGCGCGCACGUCAACGUCAGGAAGAGGCCGAGCGUCGUCGCCGGGAGGAAGAGGAGGCAGAGCGCUUGGCUCAAGCCAAGCGUGAGCUUGAAGCUGAGGAGGCCCGACUUGAGGAGGAGGAAGCAGCCCUACAACGCGCAUUGCAGGCACGCCUGCGUGCACAGCGGGACGCCGAGCGUGAGCAAGCACUCAAAGCGAAGCUGACGCAAGAACUUGAAGCACAAAAACGGCAAGCCAUUUUAGACAAAAUGCGAGCACGACAAAACGCAGAGGCAGAGCUACGCCGGGCGGCAGUAAGCCAGAUGUCUGGUGGCAUCCGUGAGCCCACAGCCAGCGAGGCAACGACGCACCAAACCAAUCUGCAUCGUUGCGAGGCCGCGCGAGGCAUCAUGGCCGGCAAACGCUUCCUGAGUCGUGAGCGAGAAAAAAAAAAAGAGCAAGUCGAGAGAGAAAGAAGAGAGAAGAGAGAGAGAGAGAAGCAAGAGAAGCGAGAGAAGCGAGAGGAGCGAGAGAAGAGCAACAUGGCACAAACCUGGACCGUAAAAGUCGGCGCCGGCAGUCAUGUCAAAGACAACGCCGUCAACAGCCAUAGAGAGAGAGAGACAGAGAGAGAGAAAAGCAAAUCGGCGCUGUGCCACUACGGAAAUCGACAAAGCAGCGAUCAUGUGGCCGAGCUUGUGGCCCUGGCCACCGUUCUGAAGCGUACUGGCAACUUUGCGGAAGCGUUGGCGACCACCGAGCACGCCUUGAAGCAUCCUCGAUUGCCACCCGAAGCGCCUAGCCUGCUCCUACGGCUAGAGUCGGACAUCCUCGAAUGCAGUGGCGAUGUCGUCUCUAGUCUCAUGCGCGUAGAGCAAAGCCUCAAAGCGCCGGGAGCCCCAAAGUCACGCCCGCUCAGUCACGCACAACAUCACGCCAUGCUGCUGCAACGCGUCUUACGAGAGCAUGGCUCGGAGAUGCCACAGACGGUGCGUCGGGACCUCACCCACAAGGUCGAACAGCUUCACGACCUGCUGCUGAGCAAAGGCCCAUGGCUCAACGCCCAGCAACUGCCCAAGCGCUUUGUGCCUCAUCUCACUGCGCAGCCGUGCCAUGAAAUCCACGACCAUGCAUCCGUUGCAAAAGCCGUCACGCUCCUCAACGCCGCGACUGCUGAGCUGGCAGCCGAGUACCGCCUGCUUAAUACCUCCCAGCAGCUGCAGGAGGAAAGUGAGUGCAUUCACAAUCCGCAGGAAGGUCGUUGGCGGCGCCACGAGGUGACCGGCUACUGGAAUCCGCCCAAUCCCGAGGGCAAUUGCAGCGCGGCGACCCCCGUUGCUUGCAGAGUUUUGGCGGCGUUGUGGGCAGCCGGUUUGCCCGUGUUUCGCCUUGGUUACAGCGCCAUCGGGCCCGGCACGUGGCUGCGCCCACAUUUUGGCGUGACAAACUCGCAGCUCAAGUUACAUCUGGGCCUCAUCGUGCCAGAACCUGAUGCCGAUACUCGUUUCCCGACCGAGGACGGCCCAGCCUGUGCCGUCUUUCGCAUCGGCGAUCGCUACCGAGCAUGGCGCCAAGGCCAGGUACUGUUCUUUGAUGACAGCUUUGACCACGAGGUGUGGAAUCAUUGUCGCGAGGAGAGAGUCGUUCUCCAAGUUGUCUUUGCCCACUUUGACCUUCCAGCCUCGACCCAAGUGCGCGAUGUUUUUGGUGCCCUGGAUGACCACUAG